AUGUAAAAGCCCACCCAUUACACAUAUUCUUAAUCAUGUUGGAUAGUAUUUUAUCCAUAUGCUAUAAUUACUGCAUUAUGGAUACCAUUGACACUCCUUGUAGAAUAAUACAUUAAAAAUGAAUUGAUUGUAACAUUUGUUGUUGAUUUGAUUGCAACUUCUAUUGUAUUUAUUCAAUCUUACAGAUAUAAUAAUACCUCGAUAUAUGAUUUCUAUUGGUAAAUUCCUGGAUUUUAUUUGAUUAUUUAUUGGGUAUUUAGAACACCAUAUCAACCAAACAUAUGGGUGAUUAUUGUGCCAUUUGCCUAUUUUAUUAGACACAAUUACAAUUUUCUAUCAUUUUGGCCGGGCUUAACAUACGAAGAUUUUAGGUAUCCAGUAUUUAGAAAAAAAUUAAACAAUGAAUUUAUAUAUUGGGUAUUCAGUUAUUUAGGGUUACAUGUUGGACCUACAUUAAUGGUCUACUUUGGAUUAUUUCCAACAUAUUAUGCCUUAUUUGAUAGUGAUCAAGACUACAACCCAUUUAUCUUUUAUUUCGGAGUCAUCUUCUCAUUUUCAGCCUUAACAAUAGAGACUAUAGCAGAUUUAUAAUUAUUCCCUUGGAGAUCUAAAAAGACAGAAGAAUUUAUUGAUGAAGGAUUGUGGAGAUAUUCAAGACAUCCUAAUUAUUUCGGCGAAUGCAUGUUUUGGUGGGGAAUAUUUAUUAUGACAUUAUCAUUUGGUUUCUAAUAUUGGUUUACAAUAAUAGGAGCAGUCAUAAUGCAAUCCUUAUUUCUAUUUUAUUCAAUUCCAGAGAUGGAGAAACAUAUUUUACGAAAGAGACCCAAAUAUUACAUCUAAUAAAAGAGAGUAAGUGUUUUCAUACCAUGGUUCAGAAAUGAAAAUAUUAAAUGAUAUGUAUAUUAUGUGGGGAUAUAAAAAUAAGAAGCAUAUGAAAGU